AUGGCUCAGCUCCAAUGGCUCUGGGAAAACUAUAGACCAUUCCUCCUCUGUGUAUCCAUUUUCAUACCUCUAUUGAUGAGACUUCUCUUUGUAAACAACUCAAGAAAGAGAAAAUCCAAUCUACCUCCUGGUCCUCUUACCAUACCCUUCAUUGGAAAUCUCCACCAGCUUGGCACCACGCCUCACAUAUCUUUACAAAGCCUUGCACACAAAUAUGGACCCAUAAUUUUCCUACAACUUGGACAAAUCCCAACAGUGGUUGUUUCAUCAGCUAGACUAGCAAAAGAAAUAUUGAAAACUCAUGAUCUUGCACUUGCAAGCCGGCCACAGUUGUUUUCAGCUAAGUACCUUUUUUACAACUGCACAGAUAUUGCUUUUGCUCCUUACAGUGCUUAUUGGAGGCAUGUGAGGAAAAUUUGCAUACUUGAGCUUCUAAGUGUCAAAAGAGUAAACUCAUAUAGUGCUGUUAGAGAAGAAGAAGUUUCUAGUUUAGUUCAAAGGGUUGCAGGGUGUUAUCCAGGAACUACCAAUUUGUCUAAGAUGUUGGGACAGUAUGCAAAUAAUGCUGUUUGCCGUGUGGCUUUUGGAAGGGACUUUUCAGAAGGAGGAGAGAGUGAAAAACAUGGGUUCCAAAAGAUGCUUGAUGAGUCUCAGGAACUCCUUGGAGGAUUCAGUGUUGGUGACUUUUUUCCUUCGCUCGAGUUCAUACAUAGCUUGACAGGUAUGAAAGCGAGACUCAUACAUACUUCAAGAAAAUUCGAUCAGCUCUUCGAUCAGAUAGUGAAUGAACACAGGGCUUGCAAUAAACUAAAGGAGCAUAAGGACCUUGUAGAUAUUUUACUUGAAGUGCAGAAGAAUGGUUCGGGCGAGAGCGAAACGCCUCUCACCACUGAUAAUAUCAAGGCAAUAAUCCUGGAUAUGUUUGCUGCUGGAACUGAUACAACAUUCAUUACCCUUGAUUGGGCAAUGACAGAGCUGCUAAUGAAUGCUCCAGUUAUGGAAAAAGCACAAAAGGAAGUGCGUAGCAUUCUGCGAGAAAGAAGAGUUGUUGAAGAAACUGACCUGCAUCAACUGCAGUACAUGAGAGCUGUAAUUAAAGAGACAUUUCGCUUGCAUCCUGCAGUACCGGUAUUAGUCCCAAGAGAAUCUAUGGAAGAUAUUACAGUAGAAGGGUACGCAAUUCCAGCUAAAACAAGAAUUUUUGUCAAUGCUUGGGCGAUUGGUAGGAAUUCGGAAAGUUGGGAAGAUCCCGCUGCAUUUAAACCAGAGAGAUUUUUAGAGAGUAAAAUUGAUUAUAAGGGGCGGGAUUUUGAGCUAAUACCAUUUGGGGCAGGGAGAAGAGGUUGUCCAGCUAUUACAUUUGCCAUUGCAGUUAUUGAGCUUGGUCUUGCACAACUACUCUAUAGCUUUGACUGGGAGCUUCCUCCUGGUAUUACAGCAAAAGACUUGGAUCUCGCUGAAGUUUUUGGCAUCUCAAUGCACAGGAGAGAAAAUCUUCUUGUUGUUGCUAAGCCUUAUUUUCUGUGA